CAAACACUGUCAGAAUGAAAACAAUAAGGCAAGUGUCUAAAUUCCCGUGACUGAGAAAAUUCAUCGUAAAAAAAUCUCGUUCAUAAUAUACUUUCGGUGAUAAAUUCCAGUGGUUUUUGUAAAGAAAAUUGGUUUCCAUUUUAAUUGAAGUCAAAUAAUUUCAUAACAAGCAACCGAAAACUAAAUCAAAAGCAAAAAAUGAAAGCGCACAAAAAAAAUAAUGAUAAAUAAGAAGAAAUGAAAGAGAGUAAAGCUGUAUAUGUUACGAAACGUGAUAGAAGGUACGAAGGUAGCAAAGAGAAGCAAUCAUAUGAGAAUAAGGUUCAAAACAGUAGAGACAACUCCCCACAGUCACUAAGAUAUGCGCAGCAAACCCAAGAGGCGGGGUGCCAGUGCGAUUAUAAGCGGGAUAACCUGAUUUGCACGUGUAGACAUCUGGCAACGAUAAGGAAAAAACAAGAGAAAGAGAUUAGGUACUUCGGUCUGCCGAAGCAGAUAUACGCUUAUCACGGAACGAGGAGCUUCACCGAUAUUGGUGUUGGGAGUGUCAAAGCUUUGCAGAGGAAGAAGGUUAAGAGGAUUUAUUUGCCGGAGACUGACGAUCGAGGCGUCGGGAGCUCGGAUUUGACUUCGUUUGUCAACCGAAGAAACAGACAACAGCGCGGCAAUAGUUAUUAUGAACAAAAACGAACUUCAUCAAAGUGCGUGGGAGGUAUACUAGAGUACAACACUGGGUGCGUUAUGAGCGAAAAGCUGUCUCCUAUAGUGCAAACAGUAUCUGGAUCCACUAGUCCGAGAGACUCCACGUACAAUAGAAACAUAGAAAUAGGCAGCAAUACAGUCGUCAAAAGUCUAGCAAACACAACAACACAAGUAGAAGAACCAAAAAAAGAAAUAGAAGUAAAACCAGAAGUUAAAAUAGAAGAAGUUAAACCAAUACUAAUGGUGAAGGAAAUAGUCAAGGAAGAAACGAAGGAAAUGAAAAGUAAAACCUUAGAAGUUAUCAAACCUUCAGUACUUAAAGAUAAAGACGUAGAAAAGGAUUUUUCUUCAGACUCCUUAGUUCAACAUGUUCAUAACCUUGAGAAUCCAAGCGAUUACAAACCUAGUCGAACGUCUCUGGAAGCGACUGAUCCCAUGGAAAAUAAACUUGAAAGGGAAUACAGAAAGAUAUUCACGAAUAAGUCCAAAGAUACGAAAUCGAGUAACGAGAGACCCAUGGGGGAUUUUAAGAGUACGUCUACACUGAAACGUAGAUUCGAAGCUUUAAGGCGAGGCUUAGCUAAGAAAGAAGAUUCUAAAAAGAACGCUCUGAAUGUUUCUGACGUUACUAGUCCACCAAGUAUGGCCAGUCGUAAAGACGUUUCCAUCAAUUCCGACCCACCAUCUCUUGAAGGCAGAUCAUAUUCUAGUACUAAGCCUUACACCCCUUUUCCAACCAGCUACAGUCGCGAUAAACCUACGUAUAGUUCUAGAGCCUCAUCACACUACAGACGGUCAGUCACCAGCAGAAAAGAAAGGGGUAGUUCCCAAUGGUCAUCAAGACCAGAUGACGAGGACAGUGAAUGUCAAGGAGUCAAAGGAAUGUUUAAGUUAUGGGGAAAGAAAUUCAACCUAGAGGAGGAUUACUAUAACAAAAAGAACCCAACCCCCAAGCCCUCGUACGUACCCCCAAAAGAACCUCCAAAGAGACCUGAAAAGAAAUUCCCGGAACCAAAGUUAGUUAUAAAAGACGAUGUGGAAGUGAAGAAAGAUGGAAAACGUUUUUUCUUUUUUAAAAAGAAAAAUAAAUAUAAAGAGAAACCUUACAAAGCAAAAAAGGGCGUUACCACUGGUAGGUGCGAAGUGAGAGAUGGGUUGAUGAUCAAAAUUGGUGGAGGAGGUACCUCGUAUAUCCCAGAAACUGUUAUUAAAGAACCUGAGGCUGUGCCAGAUGAUUACGAUGAUUUAAUCAGAAAGGCUUGGGUCACAAAAUUCAUGUCACAUGCAAUAGAAUCACGAAACAGUGUACAAGUCCGAUGGAACAACAAAACUUACGCCACCAGCAGCAGUACUGUAUUUGAACUCAUGGAUAACGUAUACAAAGAUACAGGCGUAGUUUUCCGAUCCAAAAGUCAAGUGACAGUCCAUUCAUCUUACAAGUCGUAUACGGCGCAACAUGUCAAUUUCGUUCACCAAAACAUAGAAGCAUGGAUGGUACCUAAAACUCUUACAGACAAACCGAAGUUACUCCCGAAAAUGAGAUGUAAGUCAAACGAGGACCGAAAAGACAAUAUCGAAGUAAGAAUUUCAGAUCAAAAAUGGUUUAUAGAUAAAUCAAAAGCAUUUUCACAUAAAAUUGAAGUUGUAUUACAUUCUAAUAAUAUGGUUAAAUUAAAUAAAGAAGAGAGUUCAGAAUAUCUAAGGAUUGAUAUCCCAAAAGGUUUUUUUAUAGAUUCAAGUAGUGAUGAAAAUAAGAAUGGUGCUAACCAGUCAAGCGACGAAGAAGUUUAUAAAAUAGUUGAGUAUGAAACUGGUAGUGAUCUAAAGAAGGAUAAGACAGUUCGUAACUUUGACAUAGGUGAUCAUAAACAGAAUAAUAUUAAAGUGACAGUGAGUGUUAAAGAGAGCAAAGAUUAUGACGCGCAGUACAUUGAUACUUUAAUGAAGCAACCUCCGGUUUAUAAGAAUGUGUCUUUCAAAGGCAGUAAGGUGUACAUCCUUAAGAGGUGCGAUGUUAUCGGCGUGGGAAUUAUCACGCAGAGAGAAUUGAGAGAUAAACGGAAGCCCAUUUUAAAGAUUCAAGAUGACUAUUCCGAUGAUGAAUAUGAGAACCAAGGACUGAGAAUAAGCCCCACGAAAUGCGAGUUGGCGGAGAGUUACCUGCAAGAGUUCUACCGUCAUUGCACGCCUCUAGGCAUCGACUCAUACUCCUGGUGCGUCAGCGACUCCCAUCUCAGAUGCUGCUCGGAAAACUCAAAAGCAAGCUAUAAUAACCAAGGUGACGGCACCAAAUCAUGCCCCAAUAUCUAUGAUGACUUCCAAACUGCCACCAUUGUGUCGUCAUGCGCCGCUUCAUCCUGUAGUCAUUGCCAUCUAUACGACGCAGAGUCUUCGAAACCAUCCGAUAAAUGUUGUAAAUGGUUGGGAAAAUUAUUGAAGAAAAAGGGGCACGAUAAACGAACACUUCCAAAAGACUCGAUUGAGGUGUUCAGAAAAAGGAAGCUAUACGCAGCGAGCGACAAAUCAAAAUGGUCGUGCCCCGAGUAUUCGCAGAGCUUGCAAAACAUGCCACCCUGCUCGCAGACGCCCUGCCCAGGCAUGCAGAGACCCAGCUGUGAGAGUAAAGGCGGAAUGCUGAUUGACUGCCCAAAUAAUAAGCCUUGGAGCAGGCCUGUAGAACAGAAGGUGAAGAAACGAGUGUGUAAAAAACAUGUUUCUCUACCGAACUGCGAGGCCAUGAGUGAGUCACUCGCUAAGCGGUUGGAGAAUGUGGUACCUUCGGGGAUCUUAGCGUUCAAAGGUUCAGCGGGUUGUGACGCUUGUAAAAAAAAAGGCUGCUGUCCAAAACACGCAAUAAUUAUCCCGCAACCGUCUUGUGAGAUCCCAAGAGCCGCGUGCAGAGACUCUUGUGAAAAGAUGAAAAACCCGCCGUGUGCUAAGUCGAAGACGUCUUGUGAGCAUCCCGGGCCGUUGACUUGUCCCGGCGCUUGCCCUACUAGCAAGAAGGGGUCUUGCCCGCCUUCUCCCGCUAUAAAGCCACCAACUCCAAAACUUUCGAGAUCAUGCCCUCCGAGCCCUCCCCACAAAAAAAAGUCCUGCCCAUCUCCUCCUCAUUCCAAAAAGUCAAAAUCGCCUUGCCCGUCUCCCCCUCAUUCAAAAAGAUCUAAGUCGCCGUGCCCUUCUCCCCCCUUUUUCAGGAAGCUACCUUCAUGUCCUUCGACGCCCACACGUUCAAAGAAACAUCACACAUCUUGCCCUCCAUCGCCAGCAAGAAGGCCACCAUCUCGUCCAGCGACUCCACCAUGCAAGCGUCCUCAAUCACCUCCGUCUCCGCCACCCUGUAUGCGAAGGUCCCCUCGUAGCCCUUCACCUCCAUCAAGUCCUCCUCUCAGACCUAUUUUUCCCUAUCGGUCCCCGCCGGCAAGCCCGCCACCAUGUAGAAGAUCUCCCCCUUGUCCGUCACCGCCGCCGAGUCCUCCACCCUGCAGGAGGCCUGGCCUCUCACCUCCAUCAAGUCCUCCUUGCAAGAGAACGUCUCCUUCUUCCUCACCUUCCUCGAGUCCUCCGCCUUGUAGGAGGCCUGCUCUGAAUCCGUCACCACCCACGAGCCCGCCACAGUGUAUGAGACGUCCAGCAAGUCCGUCACCUCCUGGCAGUCCGCUAAGUCGGAGGCCUCCUUCAUGUCCCCCAUCGCCACACAAGAAGCAGUCGUGUCCACCAACACCUCAGCCUUGUAAACGAGCCCCUGCUUGUCCUAGCCCUCCUAAUAAGAAGCCGCCGACGUGUCCCUCGUCGCCCCCUCCAUGUAGGACUCCGCACUCUCUUCCGUCCUGUCCCCACAUCCCACCAUCGUGUCCUCACUCGCCGCCGUGUCCUCCACCUCCCCCACCCUGCCCCCAUUUCCCGCCUUGCCCCCUGCCUCCUCUGUCGGGUCCAAACACGCCACCUACGCCUCCACUUUCCUGUCCUCACUCACCUAAAUGUGUUCCUCACUCACCGCCCUCUUCUCCGCAUCAGCGUACUCGACCUCCUUCUCCUUCUCCCCCAUGCCCGUACGCUCCGGCUUGCUCUUCACCGCCGCCGUGCCCUUAUAUCCCACCACCUUGCCUCUACAUUCCACCUUGCUAUCAGAAACCUCCAUCUACUCCUGGUCAUAAGCCUUCUUCGUUGUCACCUCCGUGCGCUCGCCGUAAGUCACCCAAACAAUGUCCAGCAUCGCCACCAGCGUGUCCCACAUCACCUCCUUCGUGCUGCUCAGUAGACCCUAACCGCUGCCCGGCGUUACCACAUCCAUGUAAAAAAUCCUCAAAGAAUAUCUGUCAGAAACUAUCACCAUUUUUUCGAAAGAAACCUCCGUGUCCGAGUUCACCGCCGUGUAAGCCGACGCCUUGUAAACCAUCUCAUUGCAAAGCAUUAGGGUGCCAGCAUUCGCCUUUGAAUACGCCGCCUUCCAAAAGGCCUAUACCAUCGCCUUGUCAAAAGUUUUCGAUGACAUCCUGUUCCUACGGAUCAAUGAAGCAUCGCGGCCCGGAGCCACCAUACGUUUACUCCCCUGUCCAUCCCUGCCCUCCAGAGCAAGAUAAACCUAAAAAGUCUGCAUCACCCUGUAAAACACCUCCUUGUAACAAGAAUCGUCCUAAGUAUAAACAACCUUCAUUCGAUUGCCAAGCCAAUCCCGAUGCAUCCAACCAGGGACCAUAUAGUCGUCCACAAUGCGAUCCAUGCUUCACGUCAGCAGACGAAUUUCCCUGGCCAACCAAAAAUCAAGUUUCUAAUCAAUCGUCAAUGUCAUCUCUUUAUCAGUCUCAAAAUCAACCGAAGGAGGAACUUGCAUAUGGAUGCACUAAAAAGUGUCCUAAUAUGCAUAAAGAAGCAGCUGGUGAUGAACCUCCACCCCCGAAAAAAGACUGCAAGAAAAGUUGUCCUAACCGGAAAGGCUCGCCACGCCCGCCCUGCAUUCCCGAGAUGAAGUGUCCGCCCCCACGCUCUACUGCCUCCUGCACCGAACCUCGGCAGACUCCGUCAGAGCCAGUCCGAUGCAGAAGCAAAUCUAAAAUGUCCGGACUUUUUCUUAAAAUGAAGCCUGUUCCACCCCAUAAAAAGAAAGCAGUCUGCUCCAAAGAUUGCCUAGCCUGGGAGUCACAGCAGCAAGAUGACGGUUGCAUAAGUCUAAAUUCAGAAGAAAAAAUUACAAUACGACUUAAAAAGGAUUCACCAAGCACUGACGAACUCAGAGAAGGAUUAAACAUCAAAGUGCAAGACGAAGAUGGAAUGACACUGUUUGAGAGGAAAGAUUAUAGGUUGCAGCAUGCAGGCAUGAAUAGACCUGAAGUGCUAGGAGACAUGUAUAGAACAUCGGAAGUGCGAAGAGUGACGACAACUAAAUCGGUGAAAGACUUAUCUGAAGGUAAGAACAGCCCUAAACAGAUGGUUGAAGGAAACAGCGACGUAAGCAUAGCCAAUCUCAUAGAGAUCCAGUUUAAAUUGAAAGUCACGCAAGGAGAGAAAACAACAGAAAUUAAUAUCGCCAACGACGGAGAUAAGGAGAAUGAAGACGAUAAGUUAGACAUCUUAGAGCCUGUUAAUAAAAGUCCUCAAGAGAUAUUUGUCCUUAAAAAUGGAAGCGAAAACCCAGAAAUUCACUCAGACCCAAAGAAUGAUAUCAACAUUCGUAUAGUUAUUAAAAACUUUAAACCUAAAUCGGGGGUAAAUAAAUCUGUGAAACCAAAACGUGAGGACUACGGUAAAGACUUCGCGAAGAAGAUAUCAGCGAAGUUCCACACUGUAUCGACUGGCUACAGUGAUGUAUUACAUGAUGACAAUGUGUUCUCAGUACACCGAGCUACUGUGGACCUGACGUCAUCGAUCGAUAAGUCUAAAACUCAUAGCAAUAAAAGUGAAGAAAUUAUGAGCGAGACGUUAUCAGGACAUGGCAAGGUCAGGUCAGCGCCAUCUAUCUGUAGAUGCGUCAUGACUGACAUGUCAGACUGUAAGAUAGAUUAUGAAGACUUGAAAUCUAUUUCGAGUAGGAAAUAUAGUACGAACAGACACACAGACACUCAGGAAGAAACAGUAACGACUGAUACAGACAAUAAGCCUGCACAUAAAUACGAUACCGAGACUGAAGAUUCUGAUAAGCAGACUGAUCAAAAGUAUGACACGGAGGAGACAGACGGUGAAAAACUUCCAGAAACUAAGUAUGACACAGAAGAAACGGAUACAGACAAACAUACAGCACCCAAAUACGAUACCUUCUUGUCUACAGAACAAGAAUCAACGACUGACCAAGAACCUAUCGCAGAAGAAGACACAUACAACGCAAAACCCAAAAGCAUAGAAGUCAUUAUAAAGCCACACACAAAAGACGAGAAAAAGGAAAUGCUAAAACAAGUUUUCGAAAAAGCGCACGAAACUAAAACGAAAAAUAAAACAAGGAUGAGGAAACUAAGAGACAUGCUAAAAGUGAUUUUAACAUCUGACAGUAGCGAUCACGAUGACGGCAAGUCUGUUCGGCCAAAUGAUUUAGCGAAAGACGUCACUUACGCGUCAUUAAAACCGAAUUACUUCAGGGAUAGUGACAGCAUGAACAAUUACUAUAGAACUGACAGCCAUACCCAACUUUCAGCGGAGAUUAACACUCAAGUUGUCUACCCGUCCGUUGAGAAUAACAGCGAUUGCAGUAACAGCAACCAAAGCGAAGCAUUCUCAUCAGAAAACGAAUCAACUAAUAGAGGUUGUAUGUGCAGUACGUUAGCCGCUAGAUUAAAACUAGCAUCAAGAAUUGGCGAGGGAGGUGGAUGCUGUUGUGGGACUAAAACCAUCAAUAAAAAGAACGAAGAGACAACAUGCGAUCUAAAAAAAGGUUCCGACUAUUUCCAAUAUGAUUACAAACAACUGGAUUACGUUGACGUCGAAACGCAAAACUCGAAUUACCUAAUCAGCAAAAUUAACAGUACUAAUCUAUCAACGAAUAAAAGUAUCAAAUCAAGUAUUUUAGGCGAUACGGAUACUAUACGAACAAAUUCAGGAGUAAUAAAUGUUGAUCAGAAGAAAUUUACGGUGAAGAAGAUUUCUCACCAUCAUCGAAGGGAAUGUGAAAUGCGUAAGUUUAAUAGAAACACCAUUUUGAGUAUAUCCGAUGAUGAUAAAAUAGUUCUACUUAGUAGCAAGCCGACGCGCGUUAGCGCAGAAUGUGCUAAAUGUAAAAUUAAAGAACGGAAGAAGAAAAUGAAAGACCCACUAUCUCUGCUAAAAGCUUCAGAUAUUUUGCAGUCUUACGAAACGAAAAAGGCUGUUCUAGAGAUUUACACGGAAAAGACUAUUUCGAAUGAUGGAGAGCAUUUGGUUGCUAAGCUACCAAAAUUUGUUUACGAUCGGGAAAGUGAAAUAGAGACGAAUUAUGAGGCGAUAGCCAAUGACGCGGAUAGCAUAUGCAAGAGAAAUAUUGUGAUGAUGGCAAUUACCAGAUAGUUGUUGGAUUUCCCGUGUUUUUUUUUGUCUUUGAUGGGAAUCUGUGUAGAUUGUUUAGGUUUCUAUUUUUUUAUAUAAUAUACGGUUUUUGUUUCUUAA